CGACAAGCUUGACUACUUUGGCAGAAAUAAACGUAUGAAGAUGAAGAUAAAUACGACACAGUUUUUCAGCUUAAUCGAGUACCUACCUUCUGUUUUCCUCCAAACACUUUUUCGAUGGCCGUAUAUUGCCAACAAGAAAAAUGAAGAUGCAACUCGGAUUUCCUAUCAAGCUCUGGAAGCAUCACGCACCAAAAGACAUCGCCUUGCAAGAUCUGCCGGUCAGCAACAAUGACGAUGGAGAACGGCAUCUCGAAGACACUGGUCAACCACCACAGUUACCUCCGCAAGUCUGGGAAGCUGUGCCCGGGACUACAAGGCAUCCGGCUUUCCAGUUCUGUCGCAGAAAGUGCCUGAGGCUCAUUCGCUUGGUUUUGGCAACGGUGGCGAUACCAGUCAGCAAUGAUUACCUGUAUGGACUCGGACCUAUCAGGGAUGAAAAAGGAAACGAGACUUGGAGCCACAGAGAAUUUUUGUCAGCAAUCGCGAUCAUCUACUUCUGCCUGCUCCUUAUUUGGGACAUUCUCAGGAUGCUCCAUUAUAUUUACCCUCGAGCUCCUGGCUUCCAUCUUGAGUACUUCCUCAUCUCGGAGGCCAGCAUUACACUCGUUGCAAUCCUGUGCAUCAUUGCUAUUCCAAUUCUUGAUCGCAUCGCAAGAGGUUAUGGUUCCCUACCUUCGAUUGUGACCAUUACUGCCAUCGUGCUCGUCAGUGCGAUAAUCACAAUCAGUCGCGCUCGAUGCUACCCGCAGAAGCGGCGACAACGACUUGAGUUUCUUACUAAGAAGCCGACGCUUGCCUUUCAACCUGACGGCACACCUCUCGCUGUAUAUAAGAAUGACAGCGUCCAGGCAAGGACAUUGCCGGCCGUCUCUCUGCUCGAUGUAACCGACCUCAAGAACCGAUUCAAGCCCUUACUAGACUUCCUCCCAGAACACGGAUGGCGGCGCACUGGAAUUUACAACCUACUGCUUGCCUGUACAUGUGCCCUGGUCCUAUCCAUACUUCUUUUCUUCUCUGUAUCAUGGCAGGAGCAACACUCGAUCCUUGGCACUAGUCCGAUAUACCGCGGCCGAUGUAAACACACAUCGAGACUAAGCAUCAUUUUCCACCUGCUACUGAACAUCAUCUCGACAGGCAUCUUGGCCUCAUCCGACUUCUUCAUGCAGGUUGUUACCUCGCCAUCUCGACCUGAGAUCAACGCUGCUCAUGAAUACCUCCGAUCAGUCGACAUCGGGUUUCAGUCUCUGAGGAAUGUGCAAUGGCUCUCUGGUACCAAAAAGAUAUGCUGGCUUCUUCUCCUGCUGAGCUCAGUACCCAUCCACCUAUUCUUCAACAGCGCAAUCUACGAGACCAAAUACCAAAUUGCAUCUUUCAACCUAACGAUAGCUGCGGAAAGCUUUGUACAAAGGUCGGAUUACUGGCUCCCAGGAGCGAGUUUGUCGCCAUCUGGAUUCUCAUCUCCAGUUCAGACAAUGGUUGGAGGCUUUGGUCGAAGAUACCCCCUGGAGAUGUAUUGGACUGAGCUGCCAAAAUAUGUUUCUGAGACAGCUCGAGAUGGGGCGAGCUGGGAUAGGUUGGAUCUUGAGACAUGCAUGGCCGAAUACAGAACCAGUCAACUGCGGACUAAAUAUGGCAAUCUUGUCAUCAUUGUCAACACUGGCCUACCCGAAAGUAAAGGAUGGCGGCGCACCGAUGUUUACGGCUUCAACCAAAGCAGCAACCUGUCAGCCCAAUGGGACUCUCAUGUUCCUCCAUCGAAGAUCAAUUCCCUAUGGUCAUGGAAUGAGUGUCUUAUCUGGGAGAGAUGGCAUGAAGAUCGGAGAGUUACGGCCCAAAGCUGUGGCCGCAUUCUUGGGCUUGGGACAGAUGCUCCAGAUUGGAACAAUCUCCCAAAGGAUGUGAAAAUCAUAUCUUUCCAAGAUGACGGAUUGAACGGGACCACACAGUCAAGGGAGAUGGCAAUGGGGUAUGUACCCAGGUUAAGAACACUCCAAAUCAGCCACUGCCUGGCUGAGCCGAUAGAGAGCUGCCAGGUUCGACUAUCCAACAUCCUACUCCUAGUUGUCAUUAUAUGUGUGCUCUUAAAAGUUGUCACAAGCGCCGUGCUGGUGCGAAAACUAGAGAGUACGCCGUUGGUUACUCCUGGUGAUGCCAUCGAAUCCUUCAUAUCUACGCCCGACCACGUCACACGAGGUUUAGGCACAUUGUCCUUCGACGAUGUCCAAGCUCUUGACUACUCUGAGAGGCAGCAACACGAAAAAUUGGAGCAGGUCGUGACCUUUGCGCGACCGGCGCGUCGCUGGCAGGCUGGUCCAACGAGGUUGGGGUCCGUUGUCUCAAAAGCAUUGUGGGUUCAAAUCUAUUACCCUGCGUUUUUUGCAUUGACCGGCGUUUUUGCAGCCGUGAUAAUCGCCAAUUGGAAUUCGCCGCCUACCGAAUUCGGUCCCUCCACGAACAGCAACAAUGUCCUUUUAGCCUUUGGAGUUGAGCUUACUUAUCUGCAAGUCUUGUUGAUUAUCAACAUUCCUCAGAUCAUAUUUUCCUUCUGCUAUCUUGCUAUCAACACGCUCUUCACGCAACUGCAAGUUGAGCAAGAGUGGAACUCGUAUGCGGAGUCCUACAAGCCUCUUAGAGUUUCAUAUCCAACAGGGGAGCAGAUCUCCACCUACAGACUUCAACUGCCUUACAGGUACAGCGUGCCGCUUCUGACAGCAAGUAUAUUGAUGCAUUGGCUUAUCUCGAACUGCCUCUAUGUAAUGAUUCUGGAGGGGGAUCAUGGGUUCAAUCAUAGAUCCCUCAAGGGGCUCCAACCGUAUCUGGGUGUCUCCAAAGACGCCGCUGUCGCAAUCGGAUUCUCCAGCCAAUCUAUCACCAUCACCUUCAUCUGUAGCUGCAUAAUUGCUCUUUCUCCCCUUCUUUUCCGACAGCGGAGGCUCAAGGGCCAAAUGGUGCUAGGAGGAACCAACUCGAUGGUAAUUUCCGCAGCAUGCCACGUGCCGGUUCCGUCGCAGCUUUCAGCCCCGGACUCAGAUACCGCAAUUUUGCGAGAACAAAGUGCUGCGGAGUACCUGAAAAAGGUGACUCAGGGCAAAGUUCGUUGGGGUGCGAUGCCGCUAACUCCAAGCCUCGCCCAGGAGGUGGAGGGAAUGCAGCUGGCGGAAGGUGAAGAACCCAUUAUGCAUCUCGGGUUUGCAGGUCAGGACCAUAUGGUCGUGGAGCCGAAAAAUGGAAACCUCUACAUCUAAGUUUCCGUCUGUGGAUGGCGAGAAUCUAGUCUUUUACAUCAUAUCAGCCGGUUCGUGAUAGAGUCGGCAAGGAAGAGAAGAGGAGUUCAACCGUUGUAUAGGAAGAGCAACGGGCUUCCGAUAAUGUGCACUUAGCCUGGUUCCACAAUAAUAUACCCCAUUUGAAAUCGACAGCGGCCAAUCACUGACUGGCCAAGCGAAAGUUGCAGUUUUGGGAUCUUGUGUCACCCUCAAUUGUACCCAGACCUGAAUUGAG